CUGGUUCACAAUGGCUGACGAUCAAGAGAAAGACUUGCAGAAAUUUCUUAAAAAUGUGGAUGAAAUCACCAGUUUAAUCCAGGAGAUGAAUUCCGAGGACCCAGCUGUACGGGACAAUGCUGUGCUCAGGACAGAAAGGAGGCUGCUGCUCACAGAGGAAGACUGGGACGAGGACAGAUGCAGGGCCGCCUCGGACAGGACGGUGAUCAACCCUGCACACGCUCCCGCGGAGGGCUGCGGUUCCUGCGCGGACAACGCAGAUGAAGUAAACACAGAAGCCUUCUUGGCAUCUGUGGAGAAGGAUGCAAAGGAACGAGCCAAGAGAAGGCGGGAAAACAGAGUCUUAGCGGAUGCCCUGAAAGAAAAGGGGAAUGAAGCGUUUGCCAGGGGCGCCUACGAGACGGCCGUCCUGUGCUACAGCGAGGGCUUGGAGAAGCUGAAGGACAUGAAGGUGCUGUAUACCAACCGGGCCCAGGCUUACAUGAAACUCGGCGACUACCAGAAGGCACUGGUGGACUGUGACUGGGCUCUGAAGUGUGACGAGAAAUGCACGAAAGCCUAUCUGCACAUGGGAAAAGCCCACCUGGCCCUGAAGAACUACGGCGUGUCUAGAGAGUGUUUUGAGAAGAUCAUAGAAAUAAACCCCCAGCUGCAGACACAGAUGAAAGAUUACCUGAAUCAAGUAGAUCUUCGGGAGAAAGCAGACCAUCAGGAGAAGGAGGCCCAGGAGCGGCUGGAUUUGGGAAGGAGCACUGCCGUGACGACCAGGAGCCUCCUGGAGACGCUCUCCAAGCCUCAGCAGAACCCCUUGUUCUACGCAGGGGGCAUUGAGAUCCUGACCGAAAUGAUGAAGGACUGCACAGAGCGAACUCUGUUCAGAACACUCAACGGAUUCAACGUCAUCGGCGGGAACGAGGUCAUACAAAGGUGCUUCUCCACAGCUGCCCUCGACGGCGCGGAGGAGACCCUGUGCGUGGCGGUCCUCAGGCUCUGGCAAGCGGUGUGCAGCGAGAACGAGGAGAACCGGCGCGUGCUGGUGCUGCACCCCGAUGCGGGCAGGCUGCUGCCCUCCCUCUUGGCCUCCGGGGCCCUGAGCCUCCGGCAGCAGAGCCUGGCCCUGCUCCUGCAGCUCGUCCAGACCGGGGACGGCCGGAGCCUCGUCGUCAGCCACCUGGACCUGACCCGAUUGUUGGAAGCCCUGGUGUCAUUUCUUGACUUCCCAGACAAGACGGCCACCUCCGCCAUGGGACUGCUCACCGACUUGGCUCUGGAAGAAAGAUUUCAAGUCUGGUUCCCAGCCCACCUCGCAGGUGUUCUGCCGGCAUUCACGGGCGUUCUGAGGAGAGACCCCAAGGUGACCAACACCUCAGCUCUCAGCCAGUGUGUCGCCGUCAUGGGAAACCUCAGUGCUGACGCUGCCACCCGAAGACAGAUGUCUGCCUCUGAGGAGUUUGGGGGUGCCUGCCUGGACCUCAUGGCCAGGUGUGAGGAGGACGGGGACCCGUCCAGAGACGUCGUGUAUGCACUUCUGGGGCUCCUGAUGAACCUGUGCCUGCAGCCCCCGCCCCUCGCCGAGGUCUGGGCCGUGGAGGUGAGCAGGAGGUGCAUGUCUCUGCUGAGCAGCCGGGACGGAGGAGUCCUGACAAGAGCCGCCGGGGUGCUGAGCCGCACCCUGCCUUCCUCUCAGAAGGCCGUGGAGGAGGCAAUGAGAACCGGGGUGGUGAAGAAAAUGAUGAAAUUCCUGAAGACAGGAGGCCAGACCGCCUCGCGUUACGCCGUGAAGACACUGGCCGUCUGCACCAACAGCAACCACGAAGCCCGAGAGGAAGUGGUGCGGCUGGAUAAGAAGUUCAGCGUUCUGAGGGCGCUGCUCAGCUCGGAGGACGAGAGUCUGGCGGGCAACGCCGCCCUCUGCCUGGGGAGCUGCAUGGAGGUGCCGCAGGCGGCGGCCGCCCUGCUGAGGACGGACAUCGUGCAGGUCCUGUUAAGGCUGGCGGCCAGAGACGCGCAGAAGAGCGCUGUGCAGCUGAACGCAGGGAUCGCGCUGGGGAAGCUGUGCACAGCCGAGCCCAGGUUUGCUGCUCAGCUGCGGGAGCUCCAGGGAUUCGAGAUUCUCAGCUCUGCGGCGAGGCGCUCCCAGGACCCGUGA